GGGAGGUCAGUAUUUGGGGGAGGUAGGCGAAGGCAGCCGCCCAGCCCCUUCGUUGCCUGGGUGUGUGUGUGUGGGGGGGUCGGUUUCCUCCUUUUGUCCUGUUGGGGUGAGGUCUCUCCCAGAGGCUGCGGUGGUCCCAAGCUGGGACUUGGGAGUCUCAGAAGAGGGCUUCUCUUAAGGGGAGGGGGCUGAAAGUCCCCACUGAUUUGGGGGUUCCUCAGGGUUCCCCCCCACACAGAGAGAGAGGUCUGGGUGGUGGAGGGAGCAAAGGGGCCGCUGCCUGUGUCUGCCAGGUUGGGGUGGGGGUCUAGUUCUUCUGGAAAAGAAGCCCAGAGGGGUGGGAGAUCCUGAGCCUGCAGACACACAUACAUCCCAGUGGGGAUCCCUGUCCUCCAGCUCCAAGGCUGCUCUUGGCCUCUUGGAGUUGCCCUCAGGGUGCCUGGAUUAAGCCGGUGCCAUCUGGGAUCCAGGAAGAGGCUGCCAGAGGCUUUGCAGGUGUAACCUUUGCCAACCUGCCUUGUGCCAACCAGCGUGUGUCCGGCAAUUGACAUCAAGGCAAUGGAGAAACGCUCUGGCCGCUUUCAAAGCUGUGGGACAACCUUGAAGAAGGAGGAAGAGGAGGAGGAGCAGGGUAUCUGCUGAGAUCCGAAAGAGGAAGUCCUGCCUGGAGGUUAUCUUCUCAAGUCAGCCGCCACUGGUUAUGUAGAAGGGAGUAGGGAAGCCCUGGGUGGCUGCGCUUGGCUCUCCCUCCCUCUGAGUUGCAUGGCCAGAAAGGCUUCUUUGAAGCACUGAGGAAGGAAAAGGGUCUUCCUCCCUUUAAAUCUCCCCCCCCCUUUAUUUCUUUGCACUUCUACGGAGCCAGCUUUGAUCUGCAAUGACAGGGAAAUCCGUGCGGGAUGUUGACAGAUACCAGGCUGUCCUUACCAACCUGCUGCUGCAAGAAGAGAACAAAUACUGUGCAGACUGUCAGGCGAAAGGGCCAAGAUGGGCCUCGUGGAACAUCGGUGUCUUCAUUUGCAUCCGCUGUGCUGGAAUACACCGGAAUCUGGGAGUCCAUAUCUCCCGAGUAAAAUCUGUCAAUCUGGACCAAUGGACACAAGAACAGAUACAGUGCAUGCAAGAAAUGGGAAAUGGGAAAGCAAAUCGCCUUUACGAAGGUUACCUGCCAGAGAACUUCAGACGACCCCAGACAGAGCAAGCAGUGGAGAGCUUUAUCAGAGACAAAUAUGAAAAGAAGAAGUACAUGGACAGAAGUCUCGACGUCAACAUGCUAAGGAGAGAAAAAGAUGAAAAAUGGAAGAAGGAAGCAGCCACUGGGGAAAAAAUGGAGCCAGUUAUCUUUGAGAAAGUCAAAAUGCCUCAGAAGAAAGAGGAUCCUCAAACUACGAAAAGCCUUUCCAGACCCCCGGAGCCAGCCAUAGACCUGCUGGGACUUGAUGUUCCUAUUUCAACUGCCAUCCCCAAUGGAAGAGCCAGCAGUUGUUUGGAGAAAGACUUGGACCUAUUUGGAUCCCUUGGUACUGAGAGAAAGGUUGUUGGCUCAAUGCCCACAGCUGGAAGUGCUGGAUCUCUUCCUGAAAAGCUGAACCUGUUCCCUGAGCCUGACAGCAAGGCUGAAGAGACGGGGAAGAAGCAGCUCUCCAAGGAUUCCAUCCUCUCUCUAUACGGCUCCCAUAGCCCACAGAUCCCCACACAAGGAGCUGUGUUCCUAACGCCUACCCAAAUGGGCUAUCCGGCUGCCUAUCCCAAUUUCCCAGGCAUAGCACCACCUAGUGGCAUGAUGGCACCACCAGUAGGGGUGAUGGCUCAGCCCGGAGCGGCAGCAGGCAUGGCAGCACAUAUGGCGAUCCCAGCAGGUUAUGUAGGCGGCAUACAGACUGCAGUAAUUGGGGUCCCCAAUGGGAUGAUGGCAACACAGCAAGCUGGGUACAUGCCUGGCAUGGCACCUGUCCCAUCCCCAGUGUAUGUUGUACAACCAGCUCACCAAUUACAAUGGAACCUUGCUCAGGUGACGCAACAAAUGGCAGGGAUGAACUUCUGUGGCACCAACGGGGUGAUGCGCUAUGGACAGUCAAUGGGCAGAGGGGGUGCCCCAGAAACCAAUCAAGCCCUCAGUUCCCAGGUGUGGAAAUAGCACCCACCCACCCCGGAUCUGGACCAUUUUCUCGUUCAUUUUUAGCUUCGGCUCUCUUGGUUUUGUUUUCCCAGUUCUGUAUUAAGCAUCAGUUACUCCCUGAUGUUAUGUUUUACUUCCCUUGCUGAUGAGUCUUAGACGGAUAUUCCUCUUGUGAACGGAGAUCUACUCUGCCAAUUUCCCACCUCAUGUUCAAAACACUGAUGGAGUCUUUGCUACCUUGGCUCACCUUCUCCAUAGGUGAGCAUUUUAUUUUUUUAAGAGGGUGGACCAAAGAUGGCAGAUGGCCGUUCUGGUAGAUGUAACCAUCAUUUCAAAGCCUGUUCUGGGAUUGCAGAAGGAAUGGUCAUGAUGGCUGAUAUGACCUUUGCAUCUUUAAUUGUGGCUUCACCUCAAGGCACUUUGUAUUUUAGGACUUUGCCACCAAAUACACUUGUUUUUUAUUCCACCAAUACAUUCCAUGAUUUCUGUGGUGUUUUCCAAAACGACUUCAUGAGCUUGGAACGUGUUCUCCCUGGAGAGGAGUUCCACCAGCCCUCAAGCACAAAUUAUGCUUCUUUUCUGAAAGUGAGUUGGGAGGAAACAUACCUCUUAUAAGCAGCUGCUGCUCAUUUAGUCCUGGCAUAUUUAAAUGCUUUUUCUUUCUUUCUCCCUAUUUUAACCUUUGAACGUUCUAGCCUAGCAUUUCUCCAUCUUGGCAACUUUAAAAUGUGUGACACUCAACUCCCAGAAUUCCAGUGCUGGCUGGAGGAUUCUGGGAGUUGACAUCCAUAUCCUGAAGGUUCAGAAACACUGCAUUAAUGGAUAAAGGUCCAGAACACUGGCAAGUUUUCGUUUGGAUUUGUUUUCCCCUGUGUAACUCUCACAAGCGCUCAACUUGCUCGCAUGAUGACUUUAUCGGAGGGAGAAAAACAAAACUUUCAGAGAUGGGGCCAGUCUCCCCUCUCAGUCAUUUCACAAAGACAGUGAUCACCCAAUCCACAAUUUUGAAAGAUUUUGUAGCACAAAUAAAAGCCAGGCACCUACUUUAUCUUGUGUAUAUGUAAAUUCGUUAAUAAAAUGCUGCAGUGAAACUCUUA